AUGGAUGCUGACUUUGUCAACCUGCGUGACCUUGAUACUCUGUUCAAGGGUGCAUUAAGUAAUGGGAACUUCAUAGAAAUAUAUUUUGAUCAUUGCAUUUCCAUCCCUGAUAUUAUUGCACCUGCACCUGUGGAAGGCAGUGAUGGGGAUGAGGAUAAUCUGCGUGAGUCAUUUGGAAGUGGAUCUGAUCACAUUUCCUCAGGUGAUGAAGAUGAUAGUGGAAAUGGUGAUGGGUUUUCUACUGACUCAGAUGAUAGUGUGGAGGAUGAGCCAUAUAAGCCUCCUCCACCAGGGUAUGAAGAAGAAACAGAGAGUGAAGAGGAGUUAAAGUGUAUAGGGGAAGAUACAAUGGAAGAGGAGGAUAAGCAAAUGUCUUUCGAGGAGGAUGGGUAUGGGUAUAACUCUGAAGAGUUGAACACACCUCCUUCAAGUGGUGCUGAGGAGGCUGAAAGGGUUGUCAAUCCAAAGUUUAAAGUGGAUGAGGUGUUUGGUCAUGUACACUUAGAGCUGGGGAUGGAGUUUGUGAGUUUGCAACACUUUAAAAAUGUUGUCAAAGACUACAAUAUUAGUCUAGGAAGACAAUUCAAGUGGGUUAAGAGUGACAAAGUCAGAGCCCGAGCCAAGUGUAGUAAUGAAGAAUGUGAUUGGAUGAAUUUUUUGUGCUUGGAACAACAAAAUGGCCGCUUUCCAAGUAAAACUUUUAAUGACUCCCACACUUGCUGCAGACUUUUCAGAAACAAGAGGGCAAGUGGGGAUUGGGUUGCAAAUAAGUUAGAAAAAAGGCUAAUGACACAGUCGAACAUGACAAGGGUUGAGGCCUAUGAACAUAUGAAAGAGGAGUACAAAGUCCAUGUCUAUUUGAAGAAAGUGACCAAGGCACUUCAUAAAGCCAAGGCCAGAAUUGAAAGGUUCAAAGCUGGCUGCAGGCCCUUAUUUGGUUUAGAUGAAUGUUUUUUAAAAGGAUAUUAUGGAGGACAAUUGUUAAGUGCAGUUGGGGAGGAUGCGAACAAGAGCUUCUAUGUCAUCGCAUAUGCAGUAGUGGAUAGUGAAACUAAAGAGAACUGGAAGUGGUUUUUAACCCUGUUACAAGAAGACAUUGGCAACCAUUCAGUGUUUGGGUGGAAUUUUAUUUCUGAUCAACAGAAGGGGUUGAUUCCAGCUCUGCAAGAGGUGAUGCCUAGUGCACAUCAUCAUUUUUGUGUGCAGUAUGUCUGGAAGAACUUUAUAAAACACUGGAAAGACAAGGCAAUCAGAGGCAUUGUCUGGGAGUGUUCAAGAUGCAACACUGUCUCCCAGUUCCAGAAGUCAAUGGCACGUUUGAAAGGGAUGAACGAGGCAGCAUGGAAGUACUUAGACAACCUUGAUCCCUCAAGUUGGGUAAAAGCUUAUUUCAGCCACUGGCCGAAAUAUGAUAACAUCACAAACAACAUGGCAAAGAUAUGGAAUGCCAAGAUUGUUGGGUAUUGGUCGAAACCAAUAAUAACUCUCUUAGAGGAAUUGAGGUGCUACAUUAUGAGGAGGAUGGCUGCACAUCAAAGGGUUUUAGGAACUAUCUGGGGUAAAAUUGCUCCUGUUCAACAAAAGAAACUAGAUCAAAUAAAGGUUCUGAGCAAUUCAUGGACACCAACUUGGACUGGAAAUCUGCAGCAAGAUAUGUAUGAAGUCAGUGGGAGGGGUGAGAGAGUGGGAGUUAAUUUAACAACACAUACUUGUGCAUGCAAUGCGUGGCAGUUGACUGGACUGCCAUGUGAGCAUGCAAUAGCAGCCAUUUGUCACAAAAAUGAACCACCUGAGAACUAUGCCCAUCAAUGGCUUACAGUGGAUGCAUUGCAUGCCACUUAUGCACACACCUUGAACCUAGUAAAUUCUGACAAGUAUUGGCCUUCAUCUGAUGAACCCAAACCUCUUCCUCCAAAACUGAAAAGGCCAAUUGGGCGUCCCAAGAAACACAGGAAGAAGGACCCAACUAAAGAGCAGGGGAGCAGUACAAAGAAAGUGAAAAGGACAUAUGCAGCCAAGUGUCCUAAAUGUGGUCAGACUGGACACUAUGCAAAGAGCUGUAAGGGACCACCAACUUCCAACAAAGGUAACAGACAAGCAAGAACAUAA